GGUUAGCACGCUUCACAGCAGUGUGACACGCCGCGCUCUUAGAAAAGCCAUUUUUACAAGGAUCACAAGAGGAACAGCGCUGAGGAAAAGCCGAAUACACGCUACGCGCGAGAUAGUAAUUGCGGAACGAGCGAGCGAAGGCUCCCGUGAACGAAGGAGAAAGAAAGAGGGGAUUCCGUGCUAACAGAAGGGAUAAGAAACCCAUGCACGUACUCUUUCCAACGGUGCGACGACUUUAGUCUGACGACCGCUUCCACGGAGCGAGGUUGACUAAAACUGACGUUGAUCCCGGAUCGUUCCUCGGUUCGACACGGUGCAUUCGGAUCUUGGCGAGUGUUUGGUGCGCGGAAGAGAAACAGGAUUCGACCUUGUGUUCCGAGAUUUCGCCACGCCGGACGAAAUCUUGCGGUAACACCAGAAAAAUUAAAAAAAAGAAAAAAUUUUUUUCACAAAAUAAUAAACGCAAAAUUAUUAGGCUCUUAUUGGAAGAUUAUUAGGCUCUGUUUGGUGAUGUACGAAUCUCGUGUGUAAAUUUUAUAAAACAGGUCCAUAGGAAAACCUGUCGUUCACCGACAGAGAAAUUCGAUCGAGAAAACGACGAAAUUUGGUCCCUUUAACAAUUCGAAUCGCCAAUCGCGGUUCAGCCUUCUUAGCGCGCGAGCGCUUUGCACGAUAACUCGCCUAUAGCCGCGGGGUUCGCGAUCAAAAAUUCACCACUUGCGAAAGACGUACUUUACGUUCUCGCGGCACGUGGCGAGCUGCCUCUCGCCGAUCCUGAGAUCCGCCGGACUCGAGGAAGCCGACGCGGACGUGGACGUGUGGUGUCGCGGCCGUGCUCCGGGCAGGAGAAAGUGUUUGCUGUGUGUCGGUUUUUCGGUGGAUACGAGCGAAUUCAAUCCGGCGAUCGCUCGUCGGCGUCCGGUCCGAGGAUGCGGGACUCGCGUCGUCUCGGGACAGCAGCAUGAUCCUUGGUGCGUACGACGGCAAUCAUCCGCGUGCGUUAACAUGCGUGAAGACAAGUGUAUCCGCGAGGUCCGAUAGCUCCUCUUGCUGAAAAGAUAACGGCUAGUUUAGAAAGAAAAAGAAAGUGUGUGUGAGAUAGAAGCCCUCCGGCGAAGAUCACCGGGCGAGAGAGAAGAUCCAGGAUCGAUCACGAGGAUAAUCGUCGGCUGGCGGGCGCGAAUCACAGGCUGAAGAAAUCGAUCAGAUCGUAGCCAUGAACCUCGCGCUGCAUGGAUUUUUGCUGCAGGUUUUCUUGUCGAUCCUCAACUUUCAUCAUGGCCGUUUAUUAUGCAGCGCGGGGGAACCUGGCUAUUUGGACUUCGACAACUUGCCGGAGACGAAUUUUUCGUGUCAGGGGAAGGUGAUCGGCGGUUACUACGCGGACGUCGAGGCGGGCUGCCAAAUGUUUCACGUCUGCACCAUUGGUCAGAAAGACGAGAUUAUGGACAUCAAAUUCCUCUGCCUGAACGGGACCGUCUUCGAUCAGGAGACUAGAGUCUGCGAGAGGGUGGACGAGGUCGACUGCAGCAAAAGCGAACGCUUCUACAACCUGAAUCUGGAGCUCUACGGCAAUAACGCGGUGACGCUCAGCCUGCACGAGAACGGCGACGACGAGGAUGACCUGCCGGAUCUGGUGGAGGAUCAUCAACCGCGAACGACCUCGGCGCGGCCCAGCACGACCUCCACGACCAGCACGACCACGUCGCGGCCGAGCAAGCCAUCCACCACGGCCGCCAGCGGCUCUUUCCAGCAUCCGACCGGUUAUCCGCAGCAUUAUCAGCCGCAGCCGCCGUUCCCGCAGAUCCACACGAGCCAGUCCAAGUCGCUAUACGACGACAAGAACGGCGGCUACCACCACCAGUACAUCUUCCACAGCGACGAGCGCGAGCGCAACAAUCAGGCGACCUCCUAUCAAUUGUUCAGCAAUCAGGGCGUCAGCUCGACGACCGCCCAGCCGUCGCAACCUCCGCCACCUCCGCCGCAGAUCCAUCAGAUCAGAUUCAGCUCAACGGUGGGCCCGCAAAUCAUUCACAACGAACCCUCGACCGUGACGCCGCUGUACCACGCCACGUCUUCGACAAUCCAGACGCUGCUCAACAGUAACGCUAACAGUCCGGCCUUGAUCAACCCCAUCUUUCACAAUCACGGCAUCGCUAGCACCACCGAGCAGUUCACCGUGCAUAGCAAUAAUCCGCGGGAGACCUCCGACUAUCGCGACGAAGACGAUCACGAGCAGAACGUCAGACCAUUGGCAGCGAUACAGCCGACCAACAAGGGAAAGGUUUCCAAGCUAUCGAUAUCACCGAUCCCGAGCCAGCAGGAGUUGUCCCGUGUGCAACCGAAGGCGAGUCAAGGAUCACAACAACAGAGGAAUCUCGGCAACUUUCUGCCAACGCCGGCCACCAUCGAGACCACUGUGAGGUCCUUCUACCCGACUCCGCGCCCUUCGCCAAAGCCUUCGCAGUCGCACUCAGUCACUCAGCAGAUUACCCAGCACAUCCACGUGUCGCCGGGCGUGACGAUACCGCAGUUGAAGCCGCAUCAGAUCACCAUCAACUUAUCACCGCCAGACAUCCAAAGGAUCGUGCAGAAUCCAUCGCCUCUUUUACCUUCGCAGUCGAGGGUGAUCGUCACGGCGAAGGCAAGCGUGAGCGACGAGUCCGGCAGACCUUUGAAUACUACGCAGCUGGUAACGCUGCCAUUGCCGACCAUACCGGCCAGCUACGACGACUACAAGGAGGGCGACGAGUCCUUCGAUCCCUUCUACCGCGACGUGCCGAAGAUCCGCAAAAGUCGUCGAAUCUUGAAGAACGAAGACGACAACGUGAGAUCAGCGAAGAGGAGGAGAAGGCGUUCGCUCGAUCAGGGUUAUCGCUUCGUUUAUGACGCGAACAGUCGCCGGGAAGCUAAUUCGAAGGAAGGCGAGUCCCGCCGAAAUGCAGAUAACGCGGCGAACGAGAAGAAGACGUACGCCGAGAUCAAUGAGGGAGAUCUGCGAGCUGUUAAGGGUAAUCUCAUGAAAUUUAGAAACAUCUUGUUCAGCGACAAAGUAUACGAUUCUAUAUACAGCGACGACUCUGAGGAAAUUGAAAGUAAAACUGAUCGCGACGCCAAAGAAGGGGGUGAGACGUUCGACGUUAAAUCCAUCAAGCAGACGAAAGACAACACGAUAAGAAAGUUCUAUUCUUUAGAGGACUUAAAAACGGAGGGCGCGAAACAUUUAGAUCUAUAUAGAGAAGAAGAUGCCGAUGUAGUCAAGGAAGAAGUGGAUGACGACAAUACGAGUAACGAAGAUUUUACUGACGACGAAAUUGAUACUGAGGAAAGGAUCGAUGAGAAGAAACACAUUGAUGACAUCCCGGAACCGGAAGUUAAAUUAAAAUUUGAAAUGAACGGUCAAUCUCCGUCAACAACUGCUCGUUCUAAAGAGAUUGAGUCUCAGGAUGGCGUUAUAGAUGUAGUAAUACUUGACUUCGCCGAUAACAAAACGAAAUCCUCGCCUUUGAGUUCCGACGUCGUUAAAGUCUCAAAGGAUAAUUCGCCUAUUGAGAUUAUCAUUGAAGAGGAGACUAAAUCCCGCUCUCAGGAUUUGUCGAAGACCAACGACAAGACGCCGCACAACGGACAAACUGCAGAGAAUGUGACAAAAGAAGCGGCGAAACAAGCGAGCUCUCCCAUGAUAGACGCUGAGAGUCAACCGGGAAUUCCUCAGCAGACGACGAACCAGAAAAACACGAAGAAUUCCGCAGAACGUAAGUCCAGCUCGAGAAGAAAGAGUUCUCGCCCGAGGUCUUCGAAAAGACGUAUAUCUUCGAGGGUGAAGCAACAAAGAACGAAUCACGUCGAGACGACGGAAGUAGUUCCGCAAGAAGAAGAAAUAGAUAGAACGGCUGAUAUAACGACUACCACUAUUAGUACCACACCUACCAUUACAACCACCACCACCACCACCACCACCACCACUACAACAACUACUACUACUACAACUACGCCCCCGUCCAUCGCGCCUUUUGAGAUGCAAGUUGCAGAGCAAAUCGACAGCCACAUUUACGAGGAGCCGGAAUCACGAACUUCUAAGGAGAUAGACACGCGAGCGAUCGGACAAUAUGACGCGAUGUAUUCAAAGAGCUCACAAGACAGCAAGAGCCAUUACAUGAGCAAGAGUAAAAAGAUAGAGCGACCGUUUGAUCAUCAAAUUAUAGAAGACUAUAGCAAGAAUCAAGAACAACACGACGACAAAUUUGAAGAAGGAUCUGAGACGGAAUCACCAGAUUAUACGCAGAAUAUCAGCUCGGAAUAUAUCAACUUUACCGAAGAUCCACAAAGUAUGGAAGAUCCGCAAAAUACAGAAGUAAGAUCGACGAACGUUUAUGAGGAGAAGGAGGAAGUCACGAACAUUUAUGAGGAGAAAGAAACGUUUACCGAGGAGUCUCUCUUCACCGAGCACGAGACUGCGAGCGACGAAUCUGACGCGAAAAUGACUAACGAGGAAUCCGAGGAAAAUUUAGAGGAAAUGCCAAACAAGAUAUCUUCGUCACAAGAAGUUGCGGUUUCCAGUGAAAGUGACGAUUCUUCUUACCAAGAAGAAUCGUCCCAUCAAGAAGACGAAAAUGAGAAACCAAGUAUUCUGAAGGAUGACUUGAACGAAGAAGAGGACUCCAUAACCGUGAAGAAUCACAAGGAAGCGACCAGUUCCGAGGAGGAACUAAACGAAUACCAGGACACGAUAGAGUCAUCCACGGAGAACGUGCACAACGUCAACGCCGAAGAGGAUUACAAGGAACUUGAAAAUACAGACUACUCCACUAUACCAGCUGAUUACACGAGUUCCUAUGAAUACACCGAUCCUCCGGAAGACGUCAUGGACUCGACCGAAAAACAAGAGAGUGAUAAUAGCAAUGAGGGUGUCCUGAAAUUCACAGACGAGCUGCCCAAGUGGGAUUACGAAGAGUCAUCGACAGCCCGCGUGUUUAAUGAGUACGAUUACGUCGACGACACUUACGAAGCGAUAAUGUACGAGAAUAGCGACCAGGCGAAAUACGAGCAAGAGAAAUACGAGCGAGAGAAAUAUGAGCAAGAGAAGCAAGAGCGGGACAAAUACGAGCGGGAAAAUGACGAGCAGAAGAAUAACAAGCAGAAAGAUAGCGACCAAGUGGAUUACAAGCAGCUGGUAUUUAAUAUUACAUUAGGCAAUUUUAAUAAGGAGAAAAACGAGUCAGAGAAAAAGAAUCAAGAGGAGGAGAAACCGAUCGCGGAAGACUCUGAUCGUGAGAGAAGCACCGAGGCAGACGACAGCGUAAAAGCGAAAGAUCAGGCGGACCAUAUGGAGUUUGUCCCGCUUAUUAUGAAUCUUAAGGAAACUGCGAAUCCAACUACGACUUCGUCGACUACUACAGUAGCGUCUACCGCAACGACGACGUCUACGACGAAACCUACGAUAGAAUCUACGACUACACCUACAACGAUAGAAUCUACGACUACACCUACAACAACGUUUACGACGGAGUUUCCAACUGUACCUACAACAGCGUCUACGACGGAGUCUACGACUGCACUUACAACGGAGUUUACGACUGCACCUACAACGGUGUCUACGAUGGCAUCUACGGCGACAUCUACACCGGAAUUAACGACUACAGACGUUCAUUCAACACAUUCAUACAGUACAUUGUCCACGACCACAACCACUAUGAGCACGACUACCUCUCCGUCAACGACUACUACUCCUCGUCCUACGCCGCCGAAACUUUUCAAGCCCAAUGCCGCCAGAAGGACUUACGCUUACGUUCCACCCACGACAACCCCCGUCCCGGUGGUGAUUAAACCGAGACUGGGUCUGUACAAUCCCAAACCAGCAAAGCCGCCCAAAUCCUACAGCGAGCUGGCGCCAAAGCCAGUCAUCAGAAAGCUUCCUCUAUUAUCACGUAAACCUACCACCACCACUACUACCACCACUACCACCACUACCACCAGUCCAGGAGUUACCACAAUUAUGGACAAAUCAAACCAGGAUCAAGAAACUACAAUAAUAAUAACGACAGAGGUGAUGUCACCGCUGACGAUGCCUACGACGACUACAACGACGGAAUCUAGUAGAAGCGAAGAGAACGUUCUCGAGAGUAAGUUGGAAGCGAAGGACCAUGAGCUUCCAUCUCUUGCGAAGAACGACGCGAACAAGGAGGACCAAUUUCCGAGCCCGUCCGAGCAAAAUUCCCCUGUCAACUCUUCAAGAGACCCAGACUUUUACGUGUCCACUGAGAAAACCCAAAGUUUUACUCCGUAUCCUUUAACUAGACAGGCGACUACCACCGAACAGACAGCGAAGGAAGCAGAAAGCAAACUACACGAGACUACGGAGAGCAUUGAUAUCCUUACGACGCCAGUCUUGCCGACGAUGCUUCUUCCCGAAAGAUCCGUGCAUAUCGAGACGACCACCGAGAUGUACCCAGAAGAAGUAGCGACCACCAUAGUUUCUACCGAAAAUGCUCAAGACGACGUCAUCCUCGGAAUUCUUUCAACGAUAACUGAAACGACCACGGUUUUGCCUUCGACAGUCGUCCCGUCCAAAGACGUAAACGCUUUUUACUGGCCAAACCAGAAGCCCAAAAAUCCUCAGCAAAAGCACGGGAGCUUCAACUGCCUGGAGAAAGAGAUGUACCGCUUCUACGGCGACGCCAGAGAUUGCCGAUUGUUCCAUUACUGUUCGCCCGGUUUUACGAAGCGGCAAGUGUUGGAUUUCCGAUUUGUAUGUGAGGAGGGUACGGUGUUCGACGAGGAGACAGAGAGCUGCCGGCACGAUGUGCGCAACAAGAAGUGCCGGAAUCGGUCUUGGUGAAAGUGAGAGAAAGAGAAAGAGAGAGGGGGAGACAGAGAGGAAGAGAGAGGAAGAAAGGUGACGCGACAACGCGUGUCCUCUGAUCGUUGAUUUUGGUAAUUCGUGAAUCCUAAGACUCCUUAGUAUAUUUAUAUAAUUCCUAAUGUAAUACAUAAGAACAGCCCCCUUAGUGCGCGCGCCAGCGGAAGAGGAUACCACCUCUCCAAAGCAUUGCCAUAGCGUUUCGCCGAGCGCUGGAUUCACACUUAUUAAAAUUAACGUGCCUCAAUCGGCCGUCUCGUCACGUCGAUUGGACCAAGGAAGAAGUAAGGAAACCUCGGAUGUGGCCAAUUCAGCCGAGGAUACAAGCGUCUUGAGCGUGCGGCGCAAGCAGAACGCGAGUUCAAUCCGCUUCUCGGUAGAAGGGAGCGAAUCGCGCCUCUCUAGUAUAUUAAGUUCAUAGACUUAGAAACUCUUAUUCUAUAAACCUUCUUUUAUCGAUAAGAAUACCUCUAAAUGUGCUUAUAAGCCAAUCACAAGGCUUAUAAGUUGCAUUUAGAGACACUUCUAUAAAAGAGAGUUUAGAAUAGAGACCAUAGAAAUAGACUGCACGAAGAAAAAGAGCCUGGCUGAACUAACGUGUUUGGUUAAAUCAGUUUUAAUGGAAAUAAAUAAAAUUUCUGGUUAUUAUAACGAGAUAUUCUAGUAUGUGACCGGAACAUUUAGAUAUAAUAUCGGUCAGAGUUUGGUUACUGUAUUUUGUGUAUGCAGUAGUAACAUUCAAAUAUCUAUGUAUUAUGAUUAUAUGGGAAAAAAGAGCAUAGUUGAAUUGACAUGACAUGUUUGAUUAAGCGAUUGUUGGUGGAAUUAAAGAGAAUUUCUGGCUAUUAUAAUAAAAUAUGUUGAUAUUUAACACUCGUUUAAUAACAUAGAUAAACAAUUUAUAUAAUAAAUGUAAUUUUUAAAGAAGUGACGUGGCACAUAAAAGAGACGACACGGAAGCCCCCAGAAUAUAGUCGAGUUCUUUAACUACACACAAUAUAAUAUUGAAUCAAUUAAAUAUCUAGUUUAAAACAAAAUAAUCGUACUAACAUUUUAAAAAACAACUUUCAGUUCAAGAAAGUAAUAAAAUUUAUAGUAGGAAAUGUAAAUAUAAUUAUGUUUUUACUGCCCAUGUAACCAAACUCUCCUGUCUGAUUAAUCAAAAAGCAUUUAACCAAAUUUGUUACUUUAACCAAAAUAAUGGUUCACAUAUUUCUUAUUAAUAACUCUGGUUAAUAUAUCCUAAAUUCAGUUGAAUACAAAUAAUUUUUUCUCUUUGCUCAUUCAUAUAAAGCUGCUGAAGACAAGAGUGGAGGAUAGAGAUGUGCUGAAUGAGAUAUUUUCUCUGUCACAUAGUAUUGUAAGAGAGGACGAUGUAGGAAAAACAAAAGAGAAAAUGAAACAGAAAGAGAGUACGUAUUGAACAUCUUUCCUCCUUCGUUCUCCCUACCAACUAGGCAAUUAGACAAGGAAAGCAUUUAAUUCUUUGUUAUCCUCUUUUACUGAUGCUGCCUCUAUUCCUCCAGGAAUGUACAGUCUAUCUCUAUAAGUCUAUGGGUAAAUUAAAAAAUGUAGAAUCGGUUCCUACGAUGUUCUCGAAGUGAAAGGAAAGUUAGAAAAAAAGGAAGAAAGCGAAGGUCGUUUUACGUAAUUGCGUAUAAUGAAUUGAUUUUCUUCCAUCCCCCCCCCCCCCUUCCCCGGUCGUUCUUUGCACGCGAUUGUUUCAGAAUCGAAAGAAAUUUCUGAAUAUAUUGCCAAAAGAAACAGCAUCACAGUUAUUCUUUUAGCGCCUUGCCCGUAAUGCAAUAUAUAUAUUAACAAUUUUUGGGAAGAAUAACUUCUUUCUCUUCAUCGAUUGAUCGAUCGAAUGAGACGUUUCAUUCGAGAUCGAUGUAAAGUCCAAUAUAUUUUUUAUAAAAACAUAUAACACGGAUCGCAUGAAGUGGUGAUAUUAAAAUUUUUUCGCGCGUGUCUGAAGAUAUUGGAAUGUGCCUUUAAUCUAAAAUUUUUGUAGGACAACUUUAUUUCAUACGUAAAUAUUGAGUCAUGUAUGCCUUAUAAUUAGAGUUACUUAUGCAAUUUUCGUGUAACUCUCGAUUUAAAGAAUGAUAAGGUAUACUCCACAUAGCAUACUUUAUCCCGAAGAUAUUCUAAAUUUGUGGCAGAUUUCCAAAUGAAAUCUCAAAGAUAUCCAAGUAAGUAGGCUCCUGGAUAUUUCAAUAGUAUAUCGUAACAUAUACUGCAAUGUUACGAUAUCUAAAUAUCCAGCCAAAUCCUUUGGCUUUGCAUAAGACAUUUCGUCUUUUUAAAACUUUUGAUAACGAGAAAAAUAAAGAUAUAUUUUCUCAAGAUUAUUAAGAUGUCUCAUACUUUGUAUUUUUUAAACUAAUUUAUUGUUUAUUCCAAUUUACCAAUAACGUUUAAUUAAAAAACCACAAGUAAUCAUGACGUCACUGAUUCGCUAAUAUAUAUUGUGUUGAUAUCUAUCGUAUUUCGACUGCUGUUGCGUUUUAAUACUUACUAGCAAGUGUUUCAUUACUUGUUUCUUUCUUUUGUAAAAUAUACAAAUAUAUUGUUGCGCUUUCUCGCACUCGCGUCCGGGCAAUAAAUAAACUACACGUUUAGAAAAGUUGGACGCCUAAUAUUAGGCUAUUUACAAAGCUCUCGCGUUAUCAAUAGUAAUCACUUAUUAUAAUAGUAAUCUUGCAUUCUCAAUUGCCACAUGUCUAUUGCGGCCGUAGAUUCGUGUGUGACUUUCCUGUAACUCUAUUGAUUCGUCACAGGGAACGCGCAUUCGUUCGUCUAGACUGCAAUCAUCUUCAUUGGGAGUAUCGGUACUAAUCGAUAUGUGCUUUCGCAUGAGUGCAACAAUAUUCUUAGCAUAAUCUAGAAAAAUAGGGUCAGAGCUCAGUGGCUUCACUAGUUCCUGUCCGAUCAUUGAUGUUAAACAGCGACCGCGGGAUAAGGAAGAAUAACUGUUCAGAGAUAGAAACCACGUAGGAAUGCACGUAUAAAAUGAAAAGAUGCAAUAAUGUAAAAACUAAAAUAAUAGUUUAUUUAUUAUUUAAACAAAAUGGUCAAACAUUAGUUUGCUUUACCUCAUUUACUUUAGCAUAAUUUACUGCAAAUUAUAUAUAUAUAUAUAUAUAUAUAUAUAUAUAUGUAUAUAUAUAUUCUAUAAUCAUAAUAUAAUUUAUUAUCCAAUGAUUAAGCAUUGGCCAAUAAUUACUAAAAUAUUGCUAAUAUUUAAUCACUGCAAAUUUCUUAAUAAUUCCCAGCGUGUUAAAUUUCUGUAAGAGCAUAAUAAAAUAUACACUACGAUAUUUUCUGAGUUUAGCCGAAUAUACUCUGAACCUUGUCUAAGAUGUUUAUAGGAUAUUAUAUAAGUAAAUAGUUGUGCAUCUACUGGAUAUCCAUUGAAUAUCAGAGGUCAUUUUGGAAAUUUCUACGGUUAUUGCAACAUGUUAAAAUUAUGUUUGUAGACUGUCCUUCGGAUAAAGUGUGCUGUGUCGACAUGAGACGCCAACUAUACGUUAAAAGAGUAUUUCUAUAUUCCAUUGUAUACCGUGAAACUGAGGUAUCACAAAUACACGGACAAUCGUCCGGUUUGUUGCGAUCGUCAAAUUCAAUUUUCGCGGAAUCCAAAAAUUCCGCGAUCGCAGAAGAAAUAUCAUUGCUCAAACUUUUUCUAGAUAUGAAAGUAGCUUGAUGAAACGUAGGUGUCUCGUCCCUUUGAAGUAAGUCGACGUAGUCGAUUUACCAUAUGCGCUACGACAACGCGGCAUGUAAAAAGCUAUGAAAAAUCGCCACACGCAGCUCGUACGUUUCGUCUGGAGUACUCCGUAAUGUUCAUCUCGCUACACAACACCGCCGUUACGUGACGUCAACGGACUCGCGUUACGUCUCGCGCAUACCCUUAAUUUCCUAUUAUCAAUUAGUGCGCUUUAAUUGCGAGCGCGAAGCGGACGCAUUUUUAAGUCAGCCGCAGGUAAACGCAUGUAGAUAUAGAAAUUUACGGAUCAUUUAACGAAUUAGAUACAAUUGAGAAAAGCCACGCGUGUCCUUAACUGGACGUGUUACUCGUUAAAACUCUCGUCCAUGUGUGUGUGUGUGUGUGCGUGCGCGCGUGUGUGUAUAUGUGUGUGUGUGUGUGUACGUGCACUGCUUUGCACGCGCGCAUUUCGAUGACACAAGUCCGAAAGUAUAAUUAUUAUAUUUUUUAAGGAACUGUACCAUGUCAAUAAUAAAU